GGUCAGUAGCUCAGCACUAGCGCACCGCGCACAGUUCAUGCCUUUUGACAAUUAAAUGGGCAUACAUUUCGCGUACGAUUUUGUAUCGCACAACUGAAACGAUUGCAACAAGUAAACAGAAAGCAGCAGCGGUGGAAGGUAAUAAACAGUUUUGUGAUCGCGAAUUCGAGAAAAAACAGCACAAAAAUGUGAUGCACGCGAAAAGCGAUAAAGAAGCUAAAAAGGGUGGGAUGCGGGUUGGUUUUGUCGCCGACAGAACAAAAUAGUGUAAACGAUCGGGGAAUGAUUUGCCUCCGCGUGCGGCCCCCGCGGGUCUGACGGACAGCGCUGUAGUCGUGCGCCGAGUUUCGGGACGUGUGGCCGACGCGGGUGAUCUUGAAAGUUUGGAAGCAUGUGGCUUACCUAGAAGAGAGCGGAGAAAAAGAAAACGUGAUAAAAUUAGUGAUGAUUCAAGAAUAGAGUAAAUUUUGCGAAAAGAAAGCAAAUAUCCCAGAAAAAAAGCAUCACGUGUGGUCAGAUUGAGAAACAGAGAAGAAUCAACUCAGAAGAACAGCUGUUUUGCAACCCGGUCCAUGUGGAACAUGCUGGUUAAGCUAAUUCAACUGAGUUGCAUCGAGGGAAAGGAAGAGGAACGUGACGAACGGCGGUGGCAACGGGAAGAUUCCGAAUCAGCCAGUUACGGUGAGGGCGAGUAUCGACAGAGUCGAGAAACGGGAAAGCUCGCCGGAAUGACGGAAGAGUUGGUGCUGGCGAAUCCGUUUGCACUCGAGGAAGAUGAGGAGAACGAGUUCGAUCGCUACAGUGAGCUUGAGUACGAUGAUGAUGAGGAUGAGGAAGAGAAUGAUGAAGAUCUCCAGUAUUCCGGUAGCCAGACUUCCCCCACUGGGCGGCACCAAUUGUCUACUGCGUCGUCGUCGUACGGGCAGCCUCAGAUCAAGCUUGAAAGUGUGUCCUCGCCAACCCGAGCGUUCCGACGCCAGAACGAACCGGAGCGAUUAGAACCCGCGGACGAGGUUGAGCUGCCUCCGCCACCUCCACCUCCGCCAGCAGUCGUCCGAUCGAGUGCGGUUGUCCCAGACGGUGGCCGGCAUCCAUCCGUCAUCUACGAAACGUCGUCGUCGCGCUAUGAUGGUGAAUUGAGUUCUCUCAGACAGAACCAGCAGCAGCACCAUCAUCAGCAGCAGCUACCGAACAACGGUACUCUGCAGCAGCAAGAAAUUGAAUAUCUCCAGAAGGGAGCAGCAUCAGCAGUAACUGCAGCAAAGCGCAAGCGAGAUACAGCUGAGUGCGACUGUGGUUGCGUCGAGAGUGCUACAGUUGUGGUAACGACCACGACUCACAGAAACAACAACAGCAACUGCAACAAAAACAACAACACCAUCAGCACUAGCAGCAGCGGUGGCAGUGUUGCCAACCACAAUAGAAACAACAACAACAAUAGUAUCAACAAUAGCGCCAAGGACAGCGGCGGCGUCGUCGUCGUCGUAGCGGGGGCUAUGGGCGCCCCAUCCAACGGUUCCAAGACGGCGGCACACUCGAAGGUCGCAACCGGGGGCCAUGCCAACACGCAGCAGACCUCGAGCAAGCGCUCGAGCAGCGGCGCCGACGGGGACUACCAGCUGGUGCAGCACGAGGUUCUGUACUCGCUGUCCGCGCAGUAUGAGGUGCUGGAGUUUCUCGGCCGGGGCACCUUCGGCCAGGUGGUGAAGUGCUGGAAAAAGGGCACCAGCGACAUCGUCGCGAUCAAGAUCCUCAAGAACCACCCGUCGUACGCGCGCCAGGGCCAGAUCGAGGUGUCGAUUCUGUCGCGGCUCUCGCAGGAAAAUGCCGACGAGUUUAACUUUGUGCGGGCGCUCGAGUGCUUCCAGCACAAGAACCACACCUGUCUGGUGUUCGAGAUGCUCGAGCAGAACCUGUACGACUUCCUCAAGCAGAACAAGUUCUCGCCGCUGCCGCUCAAGUACAUCCGGCCGAUCCUGCAGCAGGUUUUGACGGCGUUGUUAAAAUUAAAACAACUCGGUUUAAUUCACGCUGAUCUGAAGCCCGAAAACAUCAUGCUGGUCGACCCGGUCCGGCAACCGUACAGGGUGAAGGUGAUCGACUUUGGCUCGGCGUCCCACGUCAGCAAAACGGUGUGCAAUACGUACCUGCAGUCGCGCUACUACCGGGCGCCCGAGAUCAUCCUCGGGUUGCCGUUCUGCGAGGCCAUCGACAUGUGGUCGCUGGGCUGCGUCGUGGCGGAGCUGUUCCUCGGGUGGCCCCUCUAUCCCGGCUCCUCCGAAUAUGAUCAAAUUAGGUACAUAUCGCAAACGCAGGGCCUCCCGACCGAGCACAUGCUCAACAGUGCCAGCAAGACGGCCAAGUUCUUCUACCGGGACGUGGACUCGACGUACCCCUUCUGGCGGCUCAAAACGCCCGAGGAGCACGAAGCGGAGACGAACAACAAAAGCAAGGAGGCUCGCAAGUACAUCUUCAACUGCCUGGACGACAUCGGACAGGUGAACGUCCCGACGGACAUCGAGGGUGGCCAGCUGCUGGCGGAGAAGACCGACCGGCGGGAGUUUAUCGACCUGUUGAAGCGAAUGCUCACGAUCGACCAGGAGCGCCGGAUAACGCCCGGUGAGGCGUUGAAUCAUCCGUUUACGACGCUAGCGCACCUGGUGGACUACGCGCACUGUAACAACGUGAAGGCGUCGGUGCAGAUGAUGGAGGUUUGCCGUCGGACGGACUCGAUGAUUCACACGUACAACCUCAGCGUUCAACCAACGACCGCCACCCUGGUGACGAACUUUGUGCCGAACGCCACCGAGAACAUGACCAUCACGUUCAACAACCAGGUGCAGCGAAUCGUCCGUGAGCGUGGCCCCACCUACGACAACCAUCUCUAUCAAAUCUACCGGGGUCGUAACGUCGCCGGUCAGUACAGCAACGGCCGACCGGACGCCUUCCAGCAUCAGCUCGUGUCGAGCAUUCUCUGCCCGCCCGGCUACCAAACCAUGCCCAGCCCGACCAAACACGUGGUCGUGGGCGGAACGUCGAUGCAGCCUCCGCUGCAGGUCCCUCCGCAGCAGUACGUCAACGUGCCGGUGCCGGUCUCGAUGGUGGAACCCUCGUCCGGCCAGCGGAUGCUGCUGACGAACGCCGUUCAACCGAACGUGGCGUGGCCCCAGAGCGGGGGUCGGCAGGUUGCGAUCGUGCCAUCGUGGUCACAGCAGACGGGGCCGCACUCGCUGAUUGUCGACUCGGCGCCGUUCCUGAACGUGGAGGAGAUCUACCCGAAGCCGCACCUCAACAUUCAGACGAGGCACGAGCAGAAGAAGGACUCGCCGGUGCAUCAUUUGGUCGUUUCCCGCCACGACAAAAAGGAAAACAAUCAGCUAUCGCCGGUCAAGAAGCGCGUCAAGGAGAACACUCCACCGCACCAGCAGCAACGCUACAACCAGCAACAGCAGCAGGGUCGAGGGGCACACAUGUGCCAACAGUACCACGACGGCGGUGCUUCCGCAGCCCCGUCCUCAUCGUCGUCGUUCUACCACGGCGGAAGUGGCAGCGGAAGUAGUAAUCAGCUGCAGCAACAACAGCAGCAGCAGCAGCAACAACAACAACAGCAAGCUCAGAUUCAGCACCAUCAUCAGCAACAACAGGUCCAGCAACAGCAGCAGCAACAGCAACAACAGCUGCAACACCACCAUCACUACCAAUCGCUGGAACCUUCGAUGGGCGGAGGAGUUGGUUCGGGAAAUGUACAAAUUCAUCAUCCGCCGUCCUCGUCGUACGGAAGCGGUGGCAGCAGUGGAAUGGUCAUGGGCGGCAGCAGCAGCAGCAGCUUCCACCACGGAUCGUCCGGCCACAUUCACCACAGCAGCGGAAGUCACGGCGGCCACAAACAGCAGACAAUAACGAUCCACGAUACGCCGUCGCCGACGGCGGUCAUUACGAUUUCGGACAGCGAGGACGAGUCGCCGGACGUGAAGAAGUCGUCCAAGCAUCACGCGUCAACGAGCAUGUGUGGCAGCAGCCGCGGAAUGUCCUCGACGAGCCAGUGCCGAACGGCGGGAGGUUCCAGCUGUUCCGCCGCCAUCAAGCCCUCUUCGUCGUCGUCCAACAUUCAUCACUCAUCUUCCUCGUCAUCGCUGGGAGCGGCUGCAGCGGCUGCCGCGAACCAGUCACUGACUUCCGGCAGCAGUUCGCAUCAUCAUUCGCAGUAUCAGCACAGCUUGCAGCAGCAGCAACCGCCGCAGCAACAUCCGCAGCAGCAUCACACCAGCGUGAUUAGCAGUGGAAGUCAGAUUUGUGGUGCGGGAAGUGGUGGUGGCAGCAGUAGUACCGGAACGCUGUCCGGCAGGCAGAGGAAGAGCACGGCGGUGGCGUCCACGUCGACGUCGACGGCCUGUGUGACGGUGGGCGAUAGCGACGGGGAGAACGAUCGCCGGAAUACGCCGAAGCAUCAAGCUAUCAAAUACGAGCAUCACGCGGGUCAGUCCCAGAAGAAGCGCCUGCUCGCUAUGGCCCAGAACGAGUGUCUGCUGGCGUCGUCGUCAUCCUCGACGACGAAUCACACGCUGCACGUGCCCAAGCAGGAACCGACCGAGUUUGUCGCGUACGAAUAUCCCCAGGUGGACAAACGCUCCUCGUGGGCCCCGCCCGGAUCGUCCUCGUUGUCGUCCUCGCAUCACUACAGUGGCCACAAGCGGGAAUCGUCCGCCGUGUACAUGCCUUCGUCUUCCUCAUCGUCAUCCGCAGCAGCGGCCGCCGCGGCCAACCAGAGCAUGAUGGGAAGUGGCGGCAGCAUGUCGGGAGCAACCGUUGUGGCGGCACCGCCGCAUGCUCACGCCAAGAACACGCCCACCGGUGUCGCCGGAGGCAGUUCGUCGUCGUCGUCGUGAGCGCCGGUCUAUCGGCAGCAUCAACCCAGCUCGAACACGCCGCUGGGAAGUUCACCGGGAGCGUUGCUGCCCCAGCAGGACAUUUACGCCGCCCAGGGGGACAUCUACCGGCGGUCGGCGGUGUUUGUGUCGCAGGCGCCGUACCAGACGUACAACCGGGUGGUGCCACCGCCGGCCCACAACGCUUCCAGCAGGCAGGUUCUUCCAGCGCACCCGCUGCCGGCCCACAUCCAGUUCCCGACGCAGUACAGCCAGUUUGGACCGCUGAGCCCGGCCCAGAUCGCCAACAAGCACUACGCUUGGUUCGGCGAGUAAAGCGGCCGCCGUCAUCACCCUCUCACACUUUCCUGUAAAUAGGGCGGCUUACCCGACUAGGAUCGGGUAUCCGCGGGUCUCCGUUUCGUUUUUAAUCCUUUCUUAGUCACACACACACGGUUUGAGUUUAGCCGAGAAGAGAGAUACGGUAGAAAGUUUUUUGAUUCGCGUUUUUUUAGAACAAAAAAAAAUAAGUCUGUCUCAAUUGCCUUAUACACUAUACUCUAAAACACACUCACACACACGCAGUUCAGAUUAUAACAAAAAACAUUAUCCCUAGUAGCUAGUGAGUACGAGUCUAUUUUUUUAAAUUGUCGUUCAAACUCUGAUAUUUGUUUCUUCUAGUGAAGUUAAGGUACGCGAUACGAAAAACAUACAAACAAACAAUUAUUAUUACGCGUAGGGUGAACACACACAACAACAACAAUAACUAUUAGUUUAGGGCUUACUUUUUUUCUGCGUUUAACCAAUUUACUGCUGCUACCUUAAAAAAUUACAAACAAAACGAGUGAAGAGAGUUUUUGCGGGGUGAAAAUCAAGUUGUAGAAUUUAGAAAGUAUAAUAAUUGUCAUUUUAAUCUGCCACCAUCUUUUUCCCCUUCUACAUUUGCUACACAUGCAUAUUAAACACACAUUAUAUUGUAUAUCUCUGGUAGGAGAACACGAGUGAAAAGGGAGGAAGUCAUCUUACAGUGCAGAGUCGAGUGAAGGGAAAGUUUUUUGGAAUAUUUGUAUUUUAGGAGGGCACAACUGGAGGAAGAGAAGUAAAAGAGAGGUCUAUUCUGCUAAUCUUAGUAAGGGCAAAAUGUGUUGAAUGUGAUCCUAUUAUUUUAUCUAGAAAGCUUUAGGUAUUUGUUAAAUUUCCACUAUUGGUCAAACAGCAAAAUACAAAAUACGAAAAUUGUGAAAGUUUACUAACAAACACACACAGACGGUCACGGCUUAGAGUUAUACACAGAAAAUAUGAAAUUAAAUGCAGCGAUCUCACACAAACACAAACAAACACACACACGGUUCUGUCUUAAGUUGUUUGCGUAUCUUUUCCACACAAAACGAAACAAACACGCGCCAAGCUUCACAAGUGGGUCAUAUCCUGUGUAAAUAUAGUGGUUAAUUUGGAGGGGAGAGCGUGCGCGAAAGUGUCAAGACACACACAGACAAACAGACACACACGAAUAAUACUGAAAAACUAAACAAAAUACAAUAAUAUAUUUUUGUGCAUAUUUUAUAUUUAUACCUAUAUCUGUGUAGAGGAAUCAAAACAAAAAAAAAGAAAGCAAGUAGCAAACCCAUUAGUCAUUGCUGUUGGUUGAAGGAAACGAAAUUUGAAAUAACAUAGUCUCACACACACACUACGGCGAAACUAAAAAAACACACUAUUUUACUGCAGAAAAAUUUACAAAAUUGAUUGAUUUCUCGAUUGACAAGAGUUGGGUUGAAAACGUCUCGUUCAUCUUGAACUUCACUUUAUACUGGCGUUCGAGACGAAUUUUCGAGUGUGAAGCUUCCUAAAAAUCCACUAAAAUUCAUGGCGGAAUCUAGUUUGGCACUUCGUCUUGAACUGCAGUAUGAUGGGGGCAGCCAAUAGCUGUGAAGUUUUGCUGGCUUUCAAUUGAGUUCAGCUUAAUUAUUUAAAAAAAAUCGACGUUUGCAACAUUUACUGAAUUUCCAUUUGGUCUGAAAAACUUUUUUGCAAUUCCGUUAUGAAACUAUUCACUUUUCCUGUUAUUCUCGAAUGAUGAUGCAGCCUACUUUUCAUCACUUAAAACAACAUUACUAAAAUGUACUUUUAAGCACACAUUUACGAUCAACUUUUCAGCAAUUGCAUCUUCUUUUGAAAAAUGUCACGUAAACUACUAUUUUAGGGCUGUUUAUAAAAAAACUGAUUCAAAAUAACUGAAAGCUUGUCGAAAAGAAAUCAAAUUUAUUGCGCAAUCCAAUCUACAACUGGGACGCGAACGACCACUUUGGUUAAAGUUGCCGUUAAUAAACGAAUUAAGGUGAAACGCUUCGCCAUAUUGACAAAAGAACUAACUCAAGUUUUAAAAAGCUUUUUAUGAAAUUGCUGUUACUUACGAAGUUCUAUUUUUGCAUACGAUAAAAGGUCGAUAGCAAGCAAUCUGUCGAGUUCAGAAAUUGAUACUAGAAGAUGAACGGAAGUUGUCAAGAAAACUGACGUCCCGUUUCGCCUUAAGAACUAUGUUCAACUUCACUUUAUAUCGAAACAAACUUUAUUUAUGCGUUUGUGAUCAAAAGUCCUCUGAUUUCAUGCCGAACUCUAGUAUUUUACUUUAUCUUGAGCAGCAGUAUGAUCAGGGUUGCCAGCUUUGCAAAAUUCAAUGUUUCCAUUGCGCCAUAUACCUUAAUAAGGUCGACUUAAAAUAUUUUUAUUUUUGUAAAGAACUUGUUAGUUGACGACUAACAUCGGCUAACCUACAGUUCAGCCCAAAAAUUGAUAUAAAAGUUGUCCAAGAACCGGCGUCCUGUUUCACCUCAACAACAACAAUGUUCAACUUCACUUCAUAUUGAAACAAACUUUAUUUUUGGGUUGGUGAUCAAAUGUCAGGAAAUAUGUACCACGAAACCGCUGAAGUUCAUGCCGAACUCUAGUACUUCACUGCAUCUUGAGUAGCAGUAUGAUCAGGGUUGCCAACUCAACAUUUAAAAAAUCUGAUCAAGUACCGAACAAAAUAUCUGGAAAAAUCUUGCAGACGAAAAAAUAUCAUUUACGAAUGAAGAAGAAUCCACCCUUUAUGAAUUGAUUCAAUAGCUUAUUAUAUUCUGAUAUUUAGUUGGUUUUGGCCUCAAAAGGUUUAAUCUACUUUUUGAUUGAAAUAAAUAUUUGCUAAAUUUUUCGAUUUUCAAUUCAACUCGUUCAUUCGGUAAAUAAAAUGUUCGAAAUUGGCAGAAAAUGUGAAAUCUGUCGGAAUUUGGCACAUGAAAUGAUUAUCCUUUAUUCUGGCUAAACUUGUAAAAUCUGCAGUCUCAGAUUUAUCUGACAACCUGGCAACCCUGGCAAGAAAUAAUGCUGAAAAAUAUAACAACUCAUGAUUUUAAAUUGCUCAAAUUUGGCCCAAAAUAGUACAAAUUCAUGCAACAUGUCACAACACUUCAUCGUGAACAGUACUAUAUUCUAGCGUUCUCAAGAAGUAUUUUUCAUACGGAGUUUUUUGAAUGUUUUAGCGCUUUUUACAAAAAAAAAUCAAUUGAAAAUUUGGGUUCCGGUGUUCACUGUGCAAAUCAUUAGGUAAAAUCAAUUUCAGCAUUUUUGACAAAUAAAUGUAUAUUUUUUGCAGUUACUUGUUCAUUGUCAACCCACUCUUGUGUCGAGGAAAUUUGCUAUAAUUUUUUAUAAAAUAAUUUGACAUUCAGAACAUGAUUUUUUUUUCAAAUUGACAUGUCAAAAUUCAUCAAAUUCGCUUGAUUACUAAGUUUUAACCCUCCUGAAAACGUUUCACAAACUUAAAAAAACGCAAGUAAAAUGGUAGAAAUUUGGCAACUAUUUAGACAACAAAAAAAACGAAAACCAAAAUUAACAAAAGUGUUAGUUAAAGAAACAACAAAUCAACGGUGUACUGUGCUAAUGUUUUUAGGCUAAAUACGAAUAAUUACAGCAAAAAUUAUAAACUUAAUAACAAAAAAAAACAACUAUUCUUGUGAUGUUUGUAGCAAAGUUUUUAUCUAAAUCUUAAACAACAAUACAACAACAACAAAAAAGCGCGUAGUGUGAACAAAUGUAGAGCAGUUCUCUUUCGCGGCAUUUCCCUCGCUGUGUUUUUUUUUGUGUGUGCAAAUGUGAAACUAUUUCACAAACACAAAUAAACGAGAGAGAAUACAAAUUGCCUUAUAAAAAGAAGAAGAGGAAGAAAAAGAAAGUAAUGAACAAAAAUCGUAUAAAUUGCUAGUUAUCGAGUGACAAAAACAGAAAUUAUGAUGUACUGAGUGUAAUUAUCGGAACAAAAAAAAAUAUUCAAGCAAAUCGUGUACGAAAGCUACUUCCUGCAACGUUUGAAAAUGGCGGUGAUUGAAGACGCGUUUGGUUUAGUUUUUCGUUUAAUUUUUUCAUCUUUCUAUAAGUUUGUUUGUUUUAAAUUGUGAUUUACGGGGCUGAAACAAUAAGCGGAACUAAGCAAAACAAUUAACGCUACUACUCUGUGUAUAAAAAACAUAUAUUUGUUAGUUGAUAAGGAUUUACGUUUUUAAUCUAAAAAAAUCUAGUGGGUGAUGAUAAUUAUCACACUUUUUACUAUUGUUUUUUCACAUUUCUCAACCGAUAGGUUGAACGUUACUUGAGUUUCGUUUUUAUAAAAUAGUAAACGCUGAAUGAGGUUGCGUAAUCGAAACAGCAAAUAUAAUCGCAGAUAAACACAAACACACAAACACAUACUUUUUCAAUACUAACAAUCAAUUUAGAGAGACUGGAAAUUUCUAUAAAUAUAUCGAUAUAUUAAUAAAAGGUUAGGUUUUACGUAAUACUACUCUAUUUUGUACGGUAAACACUGGUAAACAACAACAACAAAACGCAAGCUAUUGUUAUUCACCUUAAUAUUCAUCGGUUGUUCGACUAUUCAAUGUAAUGAUUAAUUUUUUUACCUUUUUAAUACUUGCAAUUCACGCGCCACGAGAGAGAUUAGUUUCCUUAAACUUAAAAAAAAACACUAAGGGAUACCGCACCGGUGGGUUGCCAACCGCGUUGCUAUUUUUAGCCACUCCCCCCUGAACCCAACUGUCACAAAGUUGAAUCCAAGCAACCCGGUUACGUUUUUUCUUUCCUCUUUUUGUUUGCAAGUCAGUAACAUUAGAACUAGUUUUUUUAGGGUAACCGUCGACAGAAUACUUUCUUUUUUGCAAUAAUUUGAAGUUUUGUUUUGUAAACAUACACACACACACGAUUUUUUUGUUGGGGGGCUAAAACGGAGAAAGAGCGCGCGACAUUUAGAACGCGCGUGAGACUGAUGGGUUUUUGUUUUCCAAGUAGGGUGACGUGGUUCCACACAAUUUAAUGCGUUUCGUUUUCACUUAUGUUUGCAGUAGACGAGAGAGAAGAGGAGAGAAGGUACUCAUUCAGUCAUUUGAUAAUAAAUAUUAAUUAAAUAUUAACCAACAAGUAGUGAUUUAUAUCGUAAUGAUAGUUUUUUUUUCUCUUUGUUUUCUGUCGCCACAAUAACAAUUAAUAAUUAUGGAAAAGUAAAGCAAACCUACAAUGAACUAAAAUAAACCUAUAUUCGCAUAAGUUUUACUAAGAGACAAGCUAGUGAGGCACUAGUGAGCGAGACAGAAAGAAAGUUGGAGAGAAUCGUUUUGAUCUUUGUUUUUACAAAAUACAACUACAAACAUAUUACAAACACACACACACACACAUAAUCCACCAAACGUGCGCACUUGGUUCAAUUAUAUUCGACUACCCGUUAGGAUUAAAAAGAAAGAAAAAAUCAUUAGACGGUUUGUGUACGCGUGUUAGCAUUCUUAUUUUUCCUCUCUUACGUAUGGUAGAGUUUUAAUUUCUCCCCUCCCUCCCCUUAACAAGGCCUUAUUAUGAGUAUAUGAGUAUGAAUUAUAUAUGUAAUACACACACCCACACAUAAACACAUUUUAUAUGAGGACUACAAAAAUGGACAACAAAAAAGAGCAGUUUCGAAAACUGAACAAAACAAAGUAAUAAAUUGAUCAGAAAAAAA